UUAACACACACUAGCUUGUUUAAGUGUGCGUUCUCUUCCAUCAAUACUUUCUCUCUCUACUCUCUCUCUUGUAUAAGAAAUGGUGAGUGAGACUAAGCUUCUAGGAUGUUGUGGAAGGUUUCUUGAGAGUUCAAAACAUCACUUUGCUACGAUUGCAUUGCAAUUUGGAUACGCAGGCAUGAAUGUUAUCACUAAGGUUUCAUUAAACCGAGGUAUGAGCCACUAUGUCCUUGUGGUUUAUCGUCACGCCUUUGCAACUGCAGUUAUCGCCCCGUUUGCGUUCAUCUAUGAAAGGAAAGCUCAGCCAAAGAUAACAUUCCCAAUAUUCAUGCAAAUUUUCAUCCUUGCUCUUCUUGGACCUGUGAUUGAUCAAAACUUCUACUAUGCUGGGCUGAAAUUCACAUCCCCAACUUUCUCUUGUGCAAUGAGCAACAUACUUCCUGCCAUGACUUUUGUGAUGGCAGUUUUAUGCCGGAUGGAAAAGAUUAACAUGAAGAAGAUGAGGUGUCAAGCAAAGGUGGUGGGGACCAUAGUGACAGUGGCUGGGGCCAUGUUGAUGACACUGUACAAAGGCCCCAUUGUGGAGUUGCUGUGGACCAAACAUUAUGCUCACCGCUACUCUCACAUCACAACCAAUAAUCUUCAAACCACACACACUUCAACUUCUUCCUCAGACAAACAAUGGUUCAUUGGCUCCAUUUUCCUUAUCAUUGCCACCUUUGCCUGGGCUUGCCUUUUUAUUGAACAGGCAAAAGCAUUGGAGACAUACAAGAAUCAUAAUCUCAGUCUGACAUCACUAAUGUGCUUCAUAGGGACACUUCAGGCAAUUGCUGUUACAUUUGUGAUGGAACACAAUCCUUCUGUGUGGAAGAUUGGCUUUGACAUGAACUUGCUUGCUGCUGCCUAUGCUGGGAUUGUGACAUCAAGCUUAACAUACUAUGUACAAGGACUGGUGAUCAACAAGAAAGGCCCUGUCUUUGCAACUGCCUUUAGCCCUUUGAUGAUGAUUAUUGUGGCCAUCAUGGGCUCCUUCAUCCUUGCUGAAAAAAUUUAUCUUGGAGGUGUUAUUGGGAGCAUCUUAAUAGUUAUUGGAUUGUACUCUGUCUUAUGGGGAAAGCAUAAAGAAAGAGUGGAAAGUAAAGUGAAUGAAGUAGAUCAAGAUAUAGCCUUACCAAUGAAGGCCUCUCCAGUUGAUGCGAAUAAUAAUAAUAAUAAUAAUAAUAAGUAUGCAGAUGACAAACAAUUAACAAUCAACGAAGCAAAAUCAGAGAAAGGAGAUAAAUCCAUCAGUAAGAUUGAUUCAGUUCACAUUAGCAUGCCUCACUCCAACCAAGAGCCAAAAGCUUAAUUAUAUACGCGACUGGAAUAAUAUCAAUGGAGAUUUUUGUUUCAUUUUGGGAUUUCCUUGGAUCCUUUUCAUAAUUGAAGGGGUCUUGUUUGGUGUAUUAUUACAUAUGUAGCUGCAUAAUUUUGAAGCAAACUUUCAAGUGAUUGUAUUAUCAGUUUAAUUAAUUAAAAAUGCAGAGACAUGUUUCUCUUUU